AUGUUGUUGGUUAUCGUGUGCUGUGCCACUUUGUGCAGCAGUAUUUUGGCUAAACCCGUACAGAAUACGACAUUUAUAUUUGACCUGCUGUUGAAACUGGACGAUCAAGAAAUGGAUGAACUCAUCAAGGUCAUGAAGAUAAUGAGAGACACAUCGCUCACAAUAGAGGAUCGCUGUGCUAAAGUCGAACCGUUUCUAGAAGGAAAAAUCCCCAACAAAGCGCUGCGGCUUGUUAUGGAACUUAAUGACUAUGUGGUGAAACUUGUCGAGUCUAGCGCAAGCUCUAAGGUGAAAGAUCUCUUCAAUAAAUUUCGCGACUUAUGGAUUGACAAAAAAUUUUUAAAGAUGAAAUUUGAAGAGAAGAAAGCAGCGGUCGAGAAGAUAAGGAAUAGUUUCAGUAAGAAUGAGGUGAAGGAAUUGGAGAAGCUUGAGAUGAAGAUUAAGAAAAAACAAAAAGAGCUCGGAAUCGAGGAUUUCGCGGACAUGUUUACGGGACUAAACGAAUGA